ACAUACUGCCUUACAUGGGCAAACUUCUCCAAGGACUCUCCUGCGGUUGGAAUUUCCAACUCUGACGUCACUGCCUGCCACUUCCAGAUUUGGGAAAAAAUAAUUUUCACUUUGGUGGGAUUUGAAACUCUCUUGAUUCCUAGAAAGCCCCGAGUGAAGGAAGGUGUCAUUCAGGAGAACGAGGCAGCGACAAGGAAAAUAUCAAAGAACUGUCAGCUGUGAGGCCCGUACAUCAAGAGAAGAAGAGGUGUCUGACCCUGUGAUUGGCCCCUCUGUGAUCCUGUAGUGACUGUGACUGUCUGGCCUCUCUCCUCUCUCUCUGCAUUGAAGAAUCUGAACCAUGUGGACCAGCGAAGGCGAGGUUCAGGUGACAGGGCGGAUGGAGACCACCCCUGCCAUGGGCGUCCCUAGUAUCUCUGUUUCCCAGCAACAGGCCCCUAAGAAGUUUGCCCCUGUGGUUGCCCCCAAACCUAAGUUCAACCCGUACAAGGACCCCACUGACCUUGCAGGAGGGGACUAUCCCCCACCACCUCCUCCUGCUGAAGACGGAGGCCUCUCGUCCUCCAUCUCUUUCCCACCACCUCCACCCAUGGACAGAGAAUAUCAGAUGCAUGGACCAGAGAAGACCCUGGAAGAGAGGCGGUCCAGUCUGGAUGCUGAGAUUGACUCUCUGACCUCUAUCCUAGCUGACCUGGAGAGUAACUCACCUUACAAGCCCCACAAUGCACAGAACUCUGGAACUCUGACCAGUCCCAACGCUCCGGUGACAGGGUACAAACGUAUGGUCAUCCCCACCCAGCCUCCUCUGACGGCCACCAAGAAGUCCUCUCCCAAGGCCGGGGCCCCAGGCGGAACACUGCCCCGGCCCCAAGCGGAGAACUCCUCCUCAGCCUCCAUACUGGCCAGGCCCCAGUUCCAGACGGCCCCCCAGCCAGUCCCAGCCUCCUACGCCACAGCCUCCACCCCCAGCCAGCCCACCUUCAACGUACAGAUGAGGUCUGCCCAGCCCGGGCCCCAGCACCAGUCCCCUGGGCCCCCCCAGCAGUUUACCCAGCAGCCCAACAGGAGCCCGGUCCAGUACAUGGCUGCCCAGCCCAGGGGCCCUGAUUUCGCCUAUGGGCCACCCCAGCCAGGCUUCGCUCCUCAAGGCUACCCAGAGCAGGCCUACCCGGGAGCAGGAGGGUACGGUGGAGAACCAGGAGGGUACGGUGGAGAACCAGGAGGGUACGGGGGAGAAGCAGGGAACACCUGGAGACCCCAGCCGAGCUAUGCUGCUGCUCCUACCCAGCAGGGCUGCCCACAACCUGUCCCGAAGAAGACCUACAUCACUGACCCUCCUGCCAGCCUGGCGCCUCCUGUACACCUCGCCCCACAGAGGGCUCCCAGCGGUGCCAGGCCUGAGGAAGAACUGGAGAGGCUCACCAAGAAGAUGCUGUAUGACAUGGACAACCCUCCGGCUGAGGAGUACUUUGGGCGGUGUGCCAGCUGUGGGGAUAAUGUGGUGGGUGAGGGUACCGGCUGUACCGCCAUGGACCAGGUCUUCCACGUGGACUGCUUCAUCUGCAUGACCUGCAGUGGCAGGCUGCGCGGUAAACCCUUCUACGCCGUGGAGAAGAAGGCCUACUGCGAGCCCUGCUACAUCAACACCCUGGAGUCCUGUAACAUCUGCAGUAAACCCAUCAUGGAGCGUAUCCUGCGGGCUACAGGGAAGGCCUACCACCCACACUGCUUCACCUGUGUGGUGUGUCAACGCAGCCUGGACGGUAUCCCCUUCACUGUGGACGCUGCCAACCACAUCCACUGCAUCGACGACUUCCACAAGAAGUUUGCCCCUCGUUGCUGUGUGUGUUCUGAGCCCAUCAUGCCAGCUCCAGGCCAGGAGGAGACUGUUCGUAUCGUCGCCUUGGACCGAGACUUCCACGUGCAGUGUUAUCGUUGUGAGGACUGUGGUUCUCUGCUGUCUGAAGGGGACAACCAGGGUUGUUACCCCCUGGACGGACAUGUCCUCUGUAAGAGCUGUAACACCAGCCGUAUCCAGGCCCUCACCGCCAAGGCUACCACUGACCUCUGAACCCCAGAUACCCUGCUACACCGCCAAGGCUACCACUGACCUCUGAACCCCAGCCCUGCUACCCCGCUCACCUCUACUGCCUGGCUGGCUGCCCUUCAGCCCGACACACACACACGUACACACACACACGUACACAUACACACACACACACACACGUACACACACUUACACACACACACACAUCUAUGAAUAUUAUGAAAUUGCUAAUGGGGAGAAACAAAGAUGUGAUGUCCCUGAAAUGUUGACAGUCUCGGUACGAUCGUCAGCCUGUUGAUUCCUUUAUUGCUGUCAUUAUUAUUAAUGCCUGUUCCCUCUACUUGCAUUUACUCUUUGACAUUGUAGUCACUAAGCAAACACUCCUUAUUCAGAGAGAUUCACAGGACAGUCAGCAGACACUCCUUAUUCAGAGAGAUUCACAGGACAGUCAGCAGACACUCCUUAUUCAGAGAUUCACAGGACAGUCAGCAGACACUCCUUAUUCAGAGAUUCACAGGACAGUCAGCAAACACUCCUUAUUCAGAGAUUCACAGGACAGUCAGCAGACACUCCUUAUUCAGAGAUUCACAGGACAGUCAGCAGACACUCCUUAUUCAGAGAUUCACAGGACAGUCAGCAGACACUCCUUAUUCAGAGAGAUUCACAGGACAGUCAGCAGACACUCCUUAUUCAGAGAUUCACAGGACAGUCAGCAAACACUCCUUAUUCAGAGAGAUUCACAGGACAGUCAGCAGACACUCCUUAUUCAGAGAUUCACAGGACAGUCAGCAGACACUCCUUAAUCAGAGAUUCACAGGACAGUCAGCAGACACUCCUUAUUCAGAGAUUCACAGGACAGUCAGCAGACACUCCUUAUUCAGAGAGAUUCACAGGACAGUCAGCAGACACUCCUUAUUCAGAGAUUCACAGGACAGUCAGCAAACACUCCUUAUUCAGAGAGAUUCACAGGACAGUCAGCAGACACUCCUUAUUCAGAGAUUCACAGGACAGUCAGCAGACACUCCUUAAUCAGAGAUUCACAGGACAGUCAGCAGACACUCCUUAUUCAGAGAGAUUCACAGGACAGUCAGCAGACACUCCUUAUUCAGAGAUUCACAGGACAGUCAGCAAACACUCCUUAUUCAGAGAGAUUCACAGGACAGUCAGCAGACACUCCUUAUUCAGAGAUUCACAGGACAGUCAGCAGACACUCCUUAAUCAGAGAUUCACAGGACAGUCAGCAGACACUCCUUAAUCAGAGAUUCACAGGACAGUCAGCAGACACUCUUUAAUCAGAGAUUCACAGGACAGUCAGCAGACACUCCUUAUUCAGAGAUUCACAGGACAGUCAGCAGACACUCCUUAUUCAGAGAUUCACAGGACAGUCAGUGUAUAUCUUUGAUUUUUUUCCUCUUUAUGCUGUUGUUUCUCCUAGUUGACAAGCCGUCUGUCUCCUGUCCUGUCAUGACAUGGCUGUGGACCAAAUGGCAGCCUAUUCCCUAUAUAAGUCCAGUAGUUUGGGCACUAUGGUCUACAGUAGUGUACUGUAUAGGGGAUAGGCUGCCAUUUGUGAUGUCUCCACGGUCAUUCAUUCCAAUAUGCCGGAGCUGAUCUGGUCCCUCUGAUCUCUUGCCUUUUUAACAUCCUCAAUGUACUUAAUUAAGCAAUAAGGCAUGAGGGGGGUGUGGUAUAUUGGCCAUAUACCACAAACCCCCGAGGUGCCUUAUUGCUAUUAUAAACUGGUUACCAAUGUAAUUAGAGCAGUAAAAAUAAAAUGUUGUGUCAUACCUGCGGUAUACAGUCUGGCUGUCAGCCAAUCAGCAUUCAGGGCUGGAAACACCCAGUUUAUAAUAGAAGAUAUCCAACACGUGGAGUAGAGGCUGGCUGGCUGACUGACUGGCUGGCUGGCUGACUGGCUGACUGACUGGCUGACUGGCUGGCUGACUGACUGGCUGGCUGGCUGGCUGGCUGACUGGCUGGCUGACUGGCUGACUGGAUGGCUGGCUGGCUGACUGGCUGACUGGAUGGCUGGCUGGCUGACCGGCUGACCAGUUUAAAUUCCAGUCAAUUCAGGAAGUAAAACAAACUCCCAAUUCCAAAUGUUCCUCAUUGAAAAGCAUUGAAGAGAAUUGGAAUUUCAGUGUACUUCCUGCAUUGACUGGAACUGAAAUGGAAUUGACCCCAACCCUGGCUUACUGUAUACAGAAAGUGGACCAAGCCUCUCAACUCUAACUGCUGCUUCCUAAGCCGUGACCUCUCAACUCUAACAGCUGGUUCCUAAGCCGUGACCUCUCAACUCUAACAGCUGCUUCCUAAGCCGUGACCUCUCAACUCUAACAGCUGCUUCCUAAGCCGUGACCUCUCAACUCUAACAGCUGCUUCCUAAGCCGUGACCUCUCAACUCUAACAGCUGCUUCCUAAGCCGUGACCUCUCAA